AUGGCUAAUAAGAGGCCACUUUUUCAUGGUGAUUCAGAAAUCGAUCAGCUUUUCCAGAUAUUUAGAACUUUAAGAACUCCAACCGAAGAUAUAUGGCCUGGAGUUUCUCAGAUGCCUGAUUAUAAGCCUACUUUUCCAAGGUGGAAACAAAAUAUACUUCUGACAAAUGUACCUCAACUGGAUACUUGUGGCGUUGAUUUACUUCAGAGUUAUCUGCAUCAGAUUUUACAAGCUAUACUAUAUUGCCAUCAACGUCGAAUCCUUCAUCGUGAUUUAAAACCACAGAAUUUACUAAUUGAUCAGAAAGGAAUGAUCAAGAUUGCAGACUUUGGUUUGGCUAGAGCAUUUGGUAUUCCCGUAAGAGUAUAUACACACGAAGUUGUGACACUUUGGUAUAGAGCACCCGAAGUUCUUUUGGGAUCUCCUCGUUACUCUACUCCU